AUGAUAAUAUUAUUUUAUGUAUGCAUUUCUCUAUCUAUCGCAGGAUCAACACUUAUGUUAACUCAUUUAUUCUUUUUUGAUAACCUUAAAGUAUUUGCUUAAAGAAUCGUUGCUUGUCUCUCUAUAUCAGAUUGUUUUUAUGCUUUUGGAUUGCUCCUAUAUGUAGAACCCUCUUUUGAAGGUUAUGAUGUCACAAGGUUUUUUAAUCGAAAUUUAUAUAGAUGCACAAUUCAAGGAGUUUUAACUUAAUUUGCCACUAUUUGUGCCUUUCUUUGGAGCACUUCUAUCUCUUAUUUCCUUUAUAUAUCAAUUACAAAAGGAUAAAAGAAAUUGAUUUAUUUUGAAAGAUAUGAAAAAUUCAUUUUCGCUAUAGGUAUCUCUUACUUCUGAAUAGGUUUUACUGUUCCUUUGUUGAUGGCUACAGUUCCAUUAUUUUUUUAAUCUUAUGCUCCUACUCCUUAAAAAGUUCCUGCUACUUGUUCCAUUAGUUCAAAUGACCAAGAUAAAUCAAUUCAAAAGAAUAGAAGUUUAAGUUUAUAUCUAAAUCUUAUUUUAUUCUACCUACCACUACUAACUUCAGUAUUAAUAUCUGUGUAUUUCAUAUUGAGAACAUAUUUUAAGAUAAAAAGAAUAAAGAGUUAAUACGAAUUAUUAAAUAAACAAAUAAAUAUUCAAUUGAUGUUUGCACGUAAUUUAAUACUCUAUCCAUUGGCAUUAUUUAUUUGUUGGUUGCCUUCUCAAAUAGUUUUUCUGAUUUUUGUAUUCAAAAAUGGAUGGAUUGAGUAAAUAUAAUAAGAUUACUUUAUAAAAUAAGCUGGGCCCUAUUAUUACAUAAGAAUUUUAUAAUAUGGAGCUAGUUUCUUGUAAGGAUUCUUUAACAGUCUUGUUUAUUGGUUCAACAGUUAUUAGAUGAGAAGGAAAUUAAAUUAAUUAGAAAGGGAGAAUUUAGAUUAUCAAAAAACAAGAACUUUUUUCUCAAAUAAUAAUGAUUAAAGUGAACUCAAAAGUAGCUAAUUAUCUAAUAGUUUCGAAAAUCUUUAAGAUAUUUGA